UACUCAACGAAUAGCAAUAACUCGUCGACACUAAUAACCGCAUCGACGGGUGUGACGGCCGGUAAUAACAGUGGUUUACUGCACACCUAUACCAACCCAUUCCCGGCGUUUUGCAACACACAAAACACCACAACCGGACCAAUGGUUCCGCUGCCCAAUAAUGUCCACCCCUCACAACUAUUACAGUCGAGUGUCUCGGGAAGUGGUGGUCCGCCGCCAUCGUUACGGCCACCGUUGCUGUCGUCGAGGCCGAGUCCGUCAGCACUCGUGGCCUAUGCCUCGUCGCGACUAAAUCUGGGCAAAACGUGUUCCCAUCGGUGCUCCUGGCGUUUCUCCACCAUUAUAUUGACUAUAGUUUGUUUAGUGAUGUUCGCUGUCGUCACGUAUCUCAUGUGUGCUAUGAAUUCAUUAAUAAUACCUCCGGAGAGCUCAAAGGUUCCCUGUAUUGUGAUGGAAGAGAUGGAGUCUUCGGCAGCCAUUGGGUCCGGCAGUGAAAUGAUGGGCACAACCAUUGGUCAGUAUUAG